GUCGGAGUGUGCAGACGUCAUCUCCCAGCAGCCCUGUGCUGCUUGGUUUCCAUGGCGACACCGCAACAUGGGCCGGCGCGGUACGCGGCGGCUCGGGUAGCUCUGGUGGCGGAGCUUCUGGUUUACCCAGAGGUUCGGUCCUUGGGGCAGAAAGCUUUUGGUGACUUGAGAAAGGCGGACCUGGCGCUGCGAAAGGCGCAGCUCUUGAAGCUUCGCGACGGUGAGGUGGACUUGGAGCUUCUCUUCCCUCCUGAUGACCCAGAGGCAGCCUCCGAGUGCUCUCAAACCUUUGCCUCCGAUGCCUAUGGCCUCCGCCGCUGGGCGCGACAGGAUUCGCAGGAUGCUGGUGCAGCCGAGGAAGGACUGGAAGGAGAGGGCCUGGGCGGUUUAGGCCAGCCUGCUGUGGUGGACGUUGGUGCCAACGUGGGGUGUUGGAGCAUCUUUGCUGCCAAAGUCAUGAAGGCGCAGGUCGUGGCUGUGGAGCCCAGCCGGCACGCUGCCUUCUACCUCGCGUGCAACGUGCGGCUGAACCGGAUCGAGCCGCAGGUGACUCUCAUGAACGUUGCCAUGGUUCCAAGAGACUGCACGGGCCAAAUGCAGGUCUUCUGUAAUCCAGGAACAUCUGAUGUGCAGGGAGGCUCCGUCCUUGACAUGCUACACCAAUCCUGCAACGACGAUGAGGAUCAUGAUGUGGUGGAAGGUGUUGAUCUCGAGUCUCUGUUGGAGAAGACUCGAUCUUCGACGCAUCGACUCUACCUGCGGAUGAACUGCGAGGGCUGCGAAGUUUGGACCCUGGGUGAGCUCGGCCCAGGGACUUUACGGGGGAUUGCCAAGAUCUCCGUCGAAGCCUUUGGACAUGAACCGAAGCACUCGGUGCUGCUGGCACAUCCGGCGCCGCCGCGAAUGCUGCAACUUCUGUGCAGCGAUGCCGUGUGGCCCAAAGAGCAGCGGCAUGUGGCGCCUGCCCGGCUGUGCAGCGUGAAGGCAAAUCAAAUCGCGUUGGGGGGGGCCAUCCAAUGACUUCGGUAUAGGACCUUGGACCUUCAAACGGUAUCGGACCUAUGCCUCAGUUGACGACCAUGAAUUUUCAUUACAUUGAUAGACUGGUAUGGUCACAAUAUUUUGCCAUACAAACAAAUACAAAAACAUAGCAUGGAAUCCAUGAAUCACCGGGAGGUCAAGUUCCAACUGGAUUCAGACACACCAAUGAACUGGCCAGUCACUACUUCAAGAUUUCUUUGUUUUCUUUGCUUGUAAACUAGUUGAACACCUUAGCCGUUGCUUGGUCAAGUCAGGUAGGCAACCGUUUGGACGUUUUUCGUCGAGCUUGGACCUUCAGUCAAGGAAAGAGCAUCAUGCGACUGAUUGAAGGUUGUCUUGGUGUCUUCGAUGGUGUAAUACAAGCUGAGGCCAACUUGUCCCAGAACCCACCAUUGAGUCCUUGUCAUUAUCCAGAGGGAAUCAAAAACCGUUUGCACUUUGGCCAACGACGAUGAUCGGUGAAUUCGGAAUUCAACGAUCUGUUUCUGUGUAAAGACUUGACCCGACUCGACCAAAAUCGAAUCAGAACCUUCAACCUGACUUCACCAGUGCCAGGACGUGGUAACCAUAUUGAAUUCGACAGGCAUUUGAAGUGACUUCCCAGAGAUCUUGGAAAUGCCCGGUUUCUGGGGUUGCCUUCCUCCUCUCUUUGUUUUCAAUCUCUCCCUCUUGAGAUAUCUAGAGGUUGGAGAGUGAUACACCCGUCGGAGUGAUUUUUGGCUGCUUAAGCGAGGACAGACUCGAGUCGUGCGCAGAGAACAGAAAUGGCACGCUCUCGCUGCAAGCUCGGGUCCUGAGGGUUUGGAUGAACAUUGGGUCCCAUAGAAUGCACAUGUGCC